AUGAAUACUUUUGCUUCGCAAAACAACGACGAGCUCUUCCUCAUCUUGGCCAUCUUCGGUUUCUGCGGUGUGAUCUCGCUUAUCGGCACUUUUGCCGCAAGCAUUUACAUCGAGAAACUCUCGGCUAAUGACGACAGUGAUGUUGAGGCUCAGAACGGCUGGGUAACUAGGUCGGAGCUGAGGCACCUGCAGCAUUGGGUCGCAAGCACUGUCGACAAGUCAAUGCAAAUGAACGCAGAUCAUAUGAAGCUACAGCGGGAGAAGAUGGAGGAAUACGUCCGAGAGCGGCUCGGUUACGGGACAUUUACUCCUCGUGGUGGAACUCCAAUUGGAACGCCAGUCUCUGCGUCGACAACGGAGGCAAGGGUAAAGAAGCAGCGACGGAAGGCUUGA